AUGCUCUUAAUGAACAGGUUAUUGAUAAGUGAUAAUCCAGUGCAUUUCACAGCUAUGACUUCAGAGAAAAAUGCUCAAAUUGGACAAGCCCGGGAAGCAUUCCAAAUGUUGUAUCAAAUAUCACAGCUUCUUUGCACAGGACUCGACCAAGAAACUCUAACCAUAUGUAUCAGGUUAUGCGAGCUUGGUGUUGACCCAGAAGUCUUAGCUCAUGUUAUCAAGGAAAUUAGAAAAAUGGGAGAGAACGCCACUCAGAACAAGCCACUCAGCACACAAACAUAA